GGUCAUCCGCCAGUAUCUCUCUCUUGCGUCUGUGUGUCUGACACAGUAAUAAUAAUUUCAUCCGCCGCCGUGCUGUACUGCAGCCCUCUGCCCGACUGCGCGGCUCGCCGAGCGGACACUGCGCCUGGCGUGCACCGGUGAUGAUGGAGCCACGGACGCUGUGACGCUGCAGCCGGUCGCACAAAGGCAGGGAUGAGACGGUAAGAGGCUUUUGGUGGGCCAGCCCGCGGUGAUUAACUCGCCCUAACGAUGUCUAAGAGCCUCAAGAAGAAAAACCACUGGACCAACAAAGUCCACGAAGCGGUGAUAACCCGUGGGAAGGAAGGGGAGCUGGGGUUCGAGCUGAAGGGGGGCGCGGAAAUCGGCCAGUUCCCCUACUUCGGCGAGGUGAAGCAGGGGAAAGGACUGAUCCAGAGCGGCAAACUGGCCCAGGAUGAGCUGCUGCUGGAGGUCAACAACAUGCCAGUGGCCGGGCUCACCACCCGGGACGUGCUGGCCGUGAUUAAACACUGCAAAGACCCAGUCCGCCUCAAAUGUGUCAAGCAAGGGGGGGUGGUUGACAAGGAUUUGCGGCACUACCUCAACCUGCGUUUCUCCAAGGGCUCAGUGGACCACGACCACCAGCAGAUCAUCAGAGACAACCUCUACCUCCGCACCGUUCCCUGUACCACCAGGCAGCCUAAGGAGGGGGAGGUGCCGGGGGUGGACUACAACUUUGUGAGUGUGGAGCGUUUUAUGGAACUGGAGCAAAGUGGAGCCCUGCUAGAGAGUGGAACCUAUGAAGAUAAUUUCUACGGCACACCAAAACCUCCAGCGGAGCCGUCCCCCGCAGCACCUCCUCUGAAUGUAAGUGAGGCCCUGCUGCCCGGAGCCCGGCCCAGCGCCCAGGGCAAGAGGAAGAGGAACCAGUCAGUCAGCAACAUGGAGCAGCGUGCCAGCCUGGAGCCACCUGAGGAGGAGGAAGAGGAGAGCCCGGUUGUCAACGGCAACGGGGUGGCCAUCACACCAGAGUCCAGUGAACAUGAGGACAAGAGCACAGAUGCCUCUGGGGAAGUCGCUGUUGAAAUGUCCAGCCAGGCCCCAGCCUCUGUUGAGCCCCCCACCGAAGGAGAGGAGGCCCCAAAAUCUCCCUGUAAAUCCCCCACCAAUGUUCCAGACAUAGAUGAGGAAGAGCUGGGUCCUCUGCCUGACAACUGGGAGAUGGCCUAUACCGAGAAGGGGGAGGUCUACUUCAUAGAUCACAACACUAAAACUACAUCAUGGCUGGAUCCUCGGCUCGCAAAGAAAGCAAAGCCACCAGAAGAAUGCAGGGAAGACGAGCUGCCCUAUGGCUGGGAGAAGAUAGAUGACCCCAUCUACGGCAGCUACUAUGUAGAUCAUAUCAAUCGAAGGACUCAGUUUGAGAACCCAGUCCUGGAAGCCAAAAGACGCCUAGAGCAGCAGAGGCAGAUGCAGAGCCAGGGACUCUCCGCUCUACCACUGCCCACUAUAUACAGAGAGAAGCCAUUGUUUACGAGGGACCCAACUCAGCUGAAGGGGAACUUCCUGUCGACAGCCCUGCAGAAGAGCAACAUGGGGUUUGGCUUCACGAUCAUCGGAGGCGACGAGCCUGAUGAGUUCCUGCAGGUGAAGAGUGUAAUACCAGACGGACCCGCUGCUCAGGACGGAAAGAUGGACACAGGUGAUGUCAUUGUCUACAUUAAUGACAUCUGCGUGCUCGGCACCACACACGCCGAUGUGGUCAAGCUUUUCCAGUCCGUACCAAUCGGUCAGAGCGUGACCCUCGUGCUCUGUCGAGGCUAUCCUCUGCCCUUUGACCCCGAGGACCCAGGUGGCGCAGCAAGCACCUCCCUGACACCCAUCGGCAUGGAACACCGCCCCCUGGUGGUGAACGGCCGUGGCAGUUACGACCCCUACCUAGAGUAUCUGUCGUUGAGCUCCCAGCUGCCUCCUCAGGCUCUGGCCCAGGCUGGAGCCCCUCACCCCGGGGACACACAUCUGGAUGGCUCAUCCCUGCCGCCCACCACACCCGGUUCGGCAUCGGCACUCACGCCUCACGACGACAACGUGUCCAUGGCCUCCUCUGGGACUGCGGGGGUCGCUGGGGCAACAGCACAAGGGGCAGAGCUUCUGACAGUUACUAUGGUGAAAGGGGCGGAGGGAUUUGGGUUCACCAUUGCCGACAGUCCCACUGGUCAGCGAGUAAAACAGGUGCUGGAGCCAGGCUCCCAGGGAGCGUCAGGGCUGAUAGAGGGAGACCUGAUCCUGGAAGUGAACCAGCAGCCAGUGGCUGCAGCUGGACAUGGACGAGUGGUGGAGAUGCUUAAAGAGUGUCCUGUGGGAGCUGAGGCUACUCUUCUCAUACAGAGAGGAGCAACAGGCCACAUCUCUCCGUGGAAGGGCUCCAAACAGUUGCCUGACCAAUGGGACCCACAUGGAAGCCCCCAAGCAAACCUGUCCGGCCCAGUUUUGCCACCUGGCAUGCCCUUCCCAAACCAGCCACAGCACCGCACAUCUGUGCCGGACUCCACCGAGGGCUUCGAUCUUAACAAACCUGACCCCUAUGACCUUUACGAGAAGUCGAGGGCUAUCUAUGAGAGCCGACGUCCAGAGUAUGAAGAGGUGGAGGUGCACCUGCUGAGGGAGAAGACCGGGUUUGGCUUCCGCAUCCUGGGGGGAGACGAGGCCGUGCAGGCUGUGAGUCCGGACGCCCGUGACAAGAUUGUUAUUGGCGCUAUAAUAGAGAACACUCCCGCAGAGCGAGAUGGGCGGCUUCAACCUGGGGAUGAGCUCAUUUCUGUGGAUAAAAAUGUGGUGGCUGGGAAACCGCACAAAUACGUAAUAGACUUGAUGCACGCAGCCGCUCGCAAUGGUCAAGUCAGCUUGACUGUGAGAAGGAGAGUGCAAAUGCCUGGUGAACUGUGUCCUGUGAAUGGCCGCAGCCCCGGCUCUGUUUCGACACAACACAGCUCCCCACGUAGCGAUGCAGCCUCAGCUUCGGGCCCUGCAGCGGUCAUCGUCCCAGCUGCCACCUCUCCUCCAGAGGGUUCUGCUCUGCAAACUAGUGAUGUGGUUAUUCACCGCAAGGAGAAUGAGGGCUUCGGCUUCGUCAUCAUUAGCUCCCUGAACAGACCGGAGAAUGCCACCAUCAUCACUGUGCCCCAUAAAAUAGGACGCAUAAUUGAGGGCAGCCCUGCGGACCGAUGUGGGAAGCUGAAGGUGGGCGACCGGAUCCUGGCUGUGAAUGGACAGUCCAUCAUCAGCAUGCCGCACGCAGACAUUGUCAAGCUCAUUAAAGAUGCUGGGCUAACAGUCACACUGCACAUCAUACCAGAAGAGGGUGAAAUCUUGUCUUUCACAGGUUCCCAUUCUGGCCCAGGCUCAGAGAAGCAGAGCCCCAUGACCCAGAAACACAGCCCCCAGACCCAGCCCAGCCCUGUAGCCCAGCCAGGCCAAGGAGGUACCCAGCCUGGCCAAACAGCCACUCAGACAGGUCAAAUACCUGCCCAGCCUGGCCCCACACCAGCUCAGACAAGCCAAACAGUGACUGGCCCUCUUGCACCAGCAGCCUCCCAGCCUGCACCAGCUGGAACCCAGCAGAGCCCGGUCACCCAGCCCUCUGGCCCCCCUCCACAGAUCUACCUCCAUGACGGCAGGUCAGAGGUAAAAGCCAGACAGGACGUUAAACCUGACUUCCGCCAUCCUCCAUUCACUGAUUACAGGCAACCUCCAGUAGACUAUCGUCACCCACCUGUUACUGAUUAUCGACAGCCGCCAACGCUGGACUACAGACACCCGCCUGGUCUGCUGGAUUUCAGACAGCACCCUGCAGCUGCACAGUUCCCUCUGGGGUUGCCUCCUGACUUCAGACCACAGGACUAUGAUUACUUCACGGUGGAGCUGGAGAAAAGCGCAAAGGGUUUUGGCUUCAGUAUCCGCGGGGGCAGAGAGUACAAGAUGGACCUGUUUGUGUUGCGCCUUGCUGAAGAUGGUCCUGCUAUACGUAAUGGAAGGAUGAGGGUAGGGGAUCAAAUCAUAGAGAUUAACGGAGACAGCACUCGGGACAUGACUCACGCCCGCGCCAUUGAACUCAUCAAGGCGGGAGGCAGGCGAGUCAGGCUACUGCUAAAGCGAGGCACAGGACAGGUGCCAGAAUAUGACUGUGCCGGCCCCUGGGAUUCCUUUUCUACAGCCAACUCUGCCCUGCAGGAAGUAACCCUCAAACACUACCCAAAUCCAUUGCUCUCAUCCCAUCCAGCCUCAGCCCCAGACUCCCCUCAUCAGCUCCCUCUAGAGGCCACAGUGUGCAUGGCAGACAAAGCUCCACAGCUGACAGACCACAGCUCCAUUAGAGGGGCUACAGGUGGCAGGUCCACCCAGAAGAAGUGCAUCAUCAGGGGGCAGGGAACCCCUCAGGGGUGCGGAGAGGUGGACUGUGGAACAGGCGACAGACAGCCUCGGGCUUUGCCUCCCAAAGCUGUCCUGGGGAGGUCCGUUGAAAGAAGAGAGAGGCAGAGGGAGACUUGCUCCCCCUGCUGUGAGAGAAAGGGCCUGCACACACAGGCGAUGAGCACUGUCUGGCCUUGGGACCCCUAUGUGAGUGUGAAUUUGAAUGGAGCCUCUCUUGGCAGUGGAGAUGGACAUGUCAGCCUCCAGGAGAGGCUGGUGUCCAGAGGUCUGUUCCCCAGAGAAGAUGAGAGGGCCAGUGGCCACAGUGGGCUCUGCUGCCCCUCUAAAACCAUGGAAGAUCCUCCUGCGAGGAGUGCAGCAGCCUCCCCUGGGCCCUGGAACAUCCCUGGGUCUGACAAACUGCCUGGCACCCUGAGGUCCUGGACCUCCACAGUAAGCAGGUAGAAUGGAUCCCGCUGGUUUGGACCGGAUCACACUGUCUGGCUCCUCAUUCAGUUCACCAUCCAAGUCUGAGAAAAGCUCUCCCUCACCCUCUCUUUUCUGUCCUGUUUUCUUCUCCAUCUACUUCUAAGAUCAUUAUUUUGUUUCAUUUGUUCUUACGAGAUAAUUAUUACACCCACCACCUUAAAAAAGAGAGGAACUUUCACAGCUAUUGUAACAUACAGUAUAAAACAGAUGGAGACUACUCAAUAUGUAGGCAUUUUAGCCCCUCAGAUGCGACAGUAAAUGUUCUGAUCACAGAUGGAGCAACAACGUCUGAUUCUGAGUGGAGCUGUUCUUUCGACAUGUACCUUUAACUGCUCGACCGUAUCUGGCUCAGAUUGGUUAGUGCAACGUAACCUCAGAUGGAACAAGAUUCCUCGCAGGACAGAGACAUAUGUACAUCCAAGAGAUUUACUUUUGCUCCAUUUUCUCUGUGCAGUGGGAAGAUCUGUCAGAGGGAGGCAGUGACACUGACACUCCUGGAGGACAUGGCACUGGCCCAAGUGACAGCCUGGUUAACCCGACAUAUGUUAGAUCUCACAUGCCUACCAAUAUAUCAUAUACUGUAAAUGUAAAGAUGUGAAAAAUAUGUUCAUUUGGUAAUCUCAAAAACAUACCUGUGUUUUUGAGGCAGUGUUGUAGUUAGAUACAUUGUAAAGAAAAGAGAAAAAACCCACCAGGACAGUAUUUUAGGAUCACUAUUUCCAUGGCCUCGUCUAUUACUACAUAUCAAAGACUGUGCAAGUCAACAAACCCAGACUGCUGAGGGAGGCAGCGGUCAUGUGCGUGGAUAUAAACCACCAUGUCUUUAUACAGGGACUCACAUGUCUUUUAGAGUUAGAACAUAGAGAGGAUAUCCUCUGUGGAGCUGACCAAUUGGUAUUCAUGUGAGAAAAAAGAAAAUCUUUUUUUUCCUCAAAUUGAACUUUUAAGUGACUAAAAAACAGUUGGCUUAGUAAGAAAUCAUAAUCCUGUUCUGUACACAACUUGAUCACAAGUCAACCAUGCAGUCAUUGUGCAGAAAUAUAAGGCGUGUUGUAUUCAUUCAAUGCUCAACGGAAGAAUUUUGUCCAGUCUAUAUUUCCCAUUUCUAUGCCUUUUACUGUGCUAAGUGUACCACAUCACUGUGGGAGAGGGGCAUCGGUGUGGGGAAGAGGAGGCCGAUGGUUAUGAGGUGGGGCGGAGUGCCUUACUCAAACUAAUGCAGUGCUGUUGUGAUUUGUUUUGGGAACUGAAUGCAAAACAGAUGUUAAUGACCAUGCACACAAAUCAGCCUGGAGCCUGUUUUCUUCUGACUUAACACCAAGCAGUAUAUAUACAGUUAUCUUGAUGCACUCUUAUCAAUGUCAAUGAUUGCCCUUGUCCCCUAGCGCUUAAAUGGGGAUACAAUGUAGCCUGUAGCAUUACAUCCUCUUCUUAGAGUCAUCUGGGAAAGUGGAGCUGUGAACAUUUAUCCAGACAGGGUCGUUGUCACAGUGGACCGUGGUUUCUGUUGUUUAGGAAGAGUCUCAUUUCAGCUUUAUUUGUCUAUUCUGUAAAGAAAACAAGUUAAGUUUGCAUUGUUGCAAGCAGAACCAAUGCUCGUGGAAUCCAAACCCAAGACUUUAGAUGAUGUGUAAACACAAAUGCAUUGAAACGUGUUCGAUCACAAAGUUUUGAUACUGGCAGAGUGGAGGCAUGCUGCUAUUAAACUGAUGGAGAUGAAGUCACUAUCCUCCUGCAUUUCUCCAUUUUGAUAUCAUCUAUUUCUCUCAACAAGAUGUUUGCUCUCAUUAGAAAUUAAAUAACCAGAGCUUUUUGAGGACUGGAGGACCAGAUGAGUAAAAUCACAAUGCAUUUUGACAACUUGACUGAAUGCAGCAUGAUGACACAUCCAAGCUGUACUUGUAAACUGGUAUAGGUUUACUGGUUAACUGCUUUUUGCAAGACAAUGCACCUGCAGACUGGGGUACUAGUAUGACCUGAAAAGUUGAAUCCAACUGUGUUCAUGUGAUAAACUGGUUAGCAAGGAGCAUGAGAACAUGCCAUUAGGCUGUAGAAAUGUGUUUACUGUAUGUACAAAUGUCAAAGUUUAGAAAAAGGUGGAAGAAUAUGCUAUCCAGCCCUCUGUCUCCAUCCAGGCCAUACCCCUGCCUGCUGUGAGUGAUUUUGUAUACAAAAACAAAAAACUGCUUUAUUGGAACUUGUGAAGGAUGGCACGUUCAUAAAUCCCCAUUGAGAUCAAGUAUAACUGUGUAGUGUUAAUUGUGUAUUAUUCACCUUGUACAGCUGUAUUCCUACAAAUAUGGUUUACUGUAUCAUUGAUACUGUAGUUUCAAAGACGUGAACAACUAUUUUUAUGAAAUGCGACAGUACUGAUAUAUUACAUUUUGCUAAAAAACAAAAAAACUUGUUUACUGAAAGAUAUUCUGAAAUACUGUCAAAUAAACUCUUGACAUGGUGUAAAAUA